GCAAGCUUCGUUCUCGUCAACAGCAAUACCGAGUGUGGGUCGCAUCGCUGUACCUACCAUAGCGAUUUGUCGUACGUAGACGGAAGUGUAAAUACUGAUGAUAAGAGCGAACUGAGGCGGAGACGGUUCCAAUUGUCGGAAUGCAUUUUGCAAUCUUGGAUGAUAGACCUGGAUGUGUUGUCCUUUUUCAUUGAUUCGUAGAAUGUUUAUCCGUCACAUCGGCUGCAAUACUUCUAUUCGGAAUCGUGAGAUUGGCAGUACGGGGUCUACAUGCGGUACUUCCACUAGUGUAGGCCGCGCUUGGUGGGGGUAGUGUCGAGCAUAAUAAUCUACUUUUUACAUCCGUUAGUGAGGUUUUUUGUUGCACAGGACAUACUUCAAAUGAGCACACUGUACGUGACUGCACCAGAAAGAUAUGAUAUUUAUCAUUGCGAGACAGGGUCGCUCGUGAAGAAUAUAUAAGGGCCGGCACGCUGCUGCAUGCGCACUGCUCUUGAAGCAGACCUUUUGUGUCUCCCAGAACCAAUAUCCUCGAGCGUCUUUGUUCCGUAACGGAGUUUCCGUUCGAAACCAGUGGCAGCAAGACAGAAUAAUUUCAGGAUCUUCGUACGUAGGGUAGCGAGAAGACGAGUGCUGCCAGGAACUUCAUCUAUGGGGCUACAUCUACACCUAUCAACUGCAGCAAAUAUGUCUGGGUAUGGAACAAAGGCGCACCUGAUUUCUGUUACUGAGGGUCGCAUGACAAUGAAACGGCGGGUCGUCUCUUGUGAGGCGUGAAGGCAUGACUUCACCUUUUUGAAGCGAAUUGCAGAUCAUUUUGUGGUAUGCCUCGCGGACCAAGAACAUGUUUGCAGUGCAUAAAAGCGACAUCGCGAGGUGUUACACCCGGAGACGCACGUAAGGAAGCGUCAGGAUCGAAAUCGACACAGCUGAAAUUAACAUUCGCCAUCCAUAUAUUUGUAAAAUGCAACGCAUGAGAUACACUGUGCUUUGCCGAGAUGGCACAUAGGGCCGAUUGUAAGCGUAUGUAGGGCCGGAGACAGAGCUGCAAAAUUAGUAUGCGUAAAAGAUGCCUUCUUUCCCCGAACAGCAUUUCAAACUGGAUUGCGAUGCUGCAAAAAUUUUCCGUGCGCCACUCAGAAACUGGGUUCCAGCUGGUGUCCAUUUUAUUUAUGCAUCGCAAAUUCUUUCAACACUGUCGAUUUCGAUCCUGACACUGUCAUAGCACGAGCGGCCGCAAGCCCCGGAAGACUUUUCUCUAUAUCGUGCAGAAAAAAUCUAGCAUGUCAUGUAGUAAAAAAGACUAUACAGGGAUAUCCAAAAACCUAUGAAAAUCUGUCGUGGUGUGUGCGGGUGCGCAUUGAUUGCUGUUUCAGGUGUACGACACAUACUCUUUUUCUUUAAUGUAAAUGUUAUCGAUAUACGUUGUUAAUUUUCGUUUUGGCAUUAGUAUAUGUAUAUUUUUCUGUGUGAUAGUUUUUUGCGGCGCAACAGGCACAACUCUGAAAGCAGUCGCGGCUUCAUUUUCGGGGAAAGUUUUGCGCCCGCGCAAGACAUCAGUGGUCGCACGUCAGACCAGCUGCAGACCGCUCCCGAUGGCAAUCUCGGACUUCUAGGGUGGCGGGGGUUGAUCCAUAAUAUCGACCACAGCACACUCCGCGGACGACCACUUGACGAGAAUCAAGACACGAGCGGUCGCGGUUCUGACGAUGAAAUAAAUCAAUGGAGUCGUGGUACAAGUACAAGAAGACCGUACGCCGACGAGCCGGAAGAGCUUCUGAGUACUGCACUUCACGAGAAGGCGAUAAAAGGAGACCACACGCAGCGCACGGCAGGACAGAACACGGACACGCCAUCGCCAGCCAAAGACGCAGCUGCAGCUUUAGUACCCGCGCCGUCGAUUGACCGAGGUACUACUGCGACGACGUCAACGGGGGACCAGCAUCAGGUGUUGGAAGAUGAGAAGCAAGAGUUUCUGACACGUCGCACGCUUUAUCGGAGGGAGUUGUUCAGUGACACAGUACAAUUCUACACGAAGUGUCUCACGUGGCCGAUAAUUCCUUCUCUUAUCGGUGGCAGCGCCCAGAUCCUGAUUGACCGCACUGUCCCGAUCGUCGGCCAUAGACCGUGGCCCAUUCCACUGGCGUUUGGACGCGUCUACUUGUUUUUUGCGUUGCAAUGUCCGUUCCAGCAACUCCAUCAGCGGCAUUCCGCGUGGCAUUGGUUUUUCGCGGGCGGCGUAAUCGGUGCCUUCGACUAUCGGAUGCGCAACGCGUUGCAUGUGCACGAGUUCGUCAAAAGUGUGGACUACGAAAACUUGCAGAAAACGGCGAAGAAAAACGAGUGGCGAUACGUCCUCAAGUACGUGCACCCCGUCCAUCUCAGCUUCUUUUCUUACGGUGCCAUGGCUCUGCUUCUAGCAAAGUUCGCGGGUGUGCCUUGGUGAAAUAAGUAUCCAGUGGGGGAAGAACGUGUAAUGUACAAAACCUCCCGCUGAGCCAUCACGCGCUCGUGUUCUAUAUUGAAAAUAAAUCUUUGUUUCAUUACCACCACGAAGCGUUGGAAGAAAUGUGGUGGUAUAUUAUAUAGUGUAAAAUGAAAAUCAUACGCAUGUUGGAAAACAAAGUAAUUGUACUUGUUCAUGUUAUCCUUUCUUGCAUUUUUUGAAAAUCAAAAGUACAAAAAAUAACACUCAAAUCGAUUGAAACAGUAAGCGUUGUGUCCCAAUGACGCUCGCUUACAACGUUUGGGACUCGGCGGCAUUGUCUUCCGUAGUUUUGAACCAGAUCGGGUAAUUUUUUUUUUGUAGGAUGCGAAUCAUCUUCUGAAUGUACCUUAAAUUUGAAAUGUACUUCAUCGAUGCUGCAGCAAUUCAUUGUACCUUUAUUGGUGGUGGUUUCGUCUGACUUUUAUGCAUGCCGACCUGUAUCAUGUCAGGCUGCAAACAAUAAACAAACUUGCGGUCGGCGCGGAACGGAUUUCUGUGUGUCAUUGUUCAAUUUGUGAAGAU